CUGACAUCUUAUUUAAAAGGUUUUCUGUUUGUUUACAAAAAAUGCAUUUCAUUUGAAAACAUGUUUUCAGUCAAACUUUUAUCGCAAUUAGCUUUACGUUCAGCUAAUUGUCAAUCAAUUGUCAACCAAUUAAUCGCCAAAAACAGACAAUUACUUCACCGCCAAAGAUGUGAUACAAGCAGUCGAUGUCUUCGGACAAGGAUUAUCUCAAACACGGGAUCUCCGGACGAAAGGGUACCGCAGAUGACAACUGAUCCGACGGACAGCCACUCUAUUAACAGCAAAAAUCUGUUGGAUUUGUUGGAAAUCAGAGACAAUCCGAAGACCAAUCGGCGGACAAUCGACGCGUUGAGCGAAGACAUCGACAGCGAAGUGUUGGAUGAGUUGAGUCCAGCGAUCGGCCGGUCCUUCAAUUUGGCCGCUUUUGCCGACAAAUCGGAGACAAUCCAAGCGCUCAUCAAAUUAGGCGUCGAUUUGGCGCUCAUCGAGAAGAAGUCACCAAAAAAUGCUGAAUAUCUGCUGAAACUGGACUUCGAGGUGGACAUCAAGCCGUACCUCCAGUUCCUGGUGGACACCGGGGUUGUGGCGUCCGAUUUGGGCCAUUGGGUGACCAAAAACCCGCGUAUUUUCAGCGAACAUAUGGACGACUUGAACGUUAGACUCAAUUAUUUGAGUUCAAAGAGGUUUACCAAACAAAUGAUAGCGUCGGUGGUGUCCAAAGCGCCCAAAUGGUUGAGCAAUGACACCAAAACCAUCGAUUAUAAGCUCGGAUUCCUUCAGAAGGAGUUCCACUUAACCGCCGAUGAACUGAGACGUCUGGUCACCAGUUAUCCCAGAAUUGCUUUAUUACAUGACAUGGGGUUUCGGGACAUAACGUUUGCUUUCAAAGAGGAGUUUGGCUUCACUUCGGAUGAAAUCAAAGAAAUGUUAAUCAAAUCUCCGGUUAUAUUCAGAAAGUUAACCGCAGAGGAAAAGGGGCACCGGAUGUUUGUGAAGAUAUUUGAUUUGAUACACAAUGAGAUGAAAAUACCGCACGAAUUGAUUUGCAAAUACCCGGACGUAUUCAACAGACGGUACCCACUGAUCGAGAGCCGGCAUCAGUACCUGAAAGCCAUCGGUCGCGACCAGUACGACCCCAAACAGCCCCUGUAUGUGCCGUUAAGUGCUUUCUAUUUGUUAGAAGACGAUGAGUUUUGUGACAAAUACGCCAAAACCAAUGUUCAGGACUUCAAUAGCUUUUUAAAAACACUGUAAACAUUAGUGACAAUAAACAAACGUUUAUUAUAAUUUAAACA